AUGGAAAAGUCAACACCUCUGCGUUUCUACGAUUUUAUUAAGGAUUUUGAGUUUGAUUAUUUAAAUACGUUACCAGAGAAAGCAUGGAAAGAUCUGGAAAAAGCCUAUACUUGUCAUCUUAAUACAGUAGAACAGACAGAAGCCGUAAAAAAACUAAAGCAAAUGUGGGAGAGAAAAGUACAAGCUGAUUCUCAUAAAGUUGCAUGUCAUACUAUAUCUGCUAAUGUGGAGAAAGUUGGAAAAAAUAUCAUAUCAUGGACAAAAACUGCAACAAAUGAUAAUAGUCAAAAUCCAUUUUAUAUUUCGGGAGUCUUGAAUGAUAAUGAAGGCGAUGAACAAAAAGAAUUUGCACCUUCAAUUGAGAGUAAUAAGAAAAGAAAUUAUGACGGAGACAUUUUAUCAGCUGGUGGCACGAUGGUAUCUUCAGAAGAUAUCAAUAAUAUUCUAGAAAAUAUUAAGGCUAAUUAUGAAGAAAAAGAUGAGUUAACUGACAAUGAUGUUGAAAGAAGUUUAGCAGAAGCGGACAUCAUCAAUAUAAGUUCGGAUAAUCCUCCAAUAAAUAGAGAACUUUUCAAUAGAUUAAAAGAAAAAGCGCAUUCCCAACCUCCACCCCGCAUCAAGAUUGAUGGACUUAAAAAGAAUGAAAAUGAUGUUCCUUCAUCUAAAUGGCGUCGUGAAAUAGUUUACCGCGAUAGUAACGCCUCUGCACGUAAGGCAGAUGGUAUCCUUUUUAAUUAUGGAAAUAUCACUCAAGAAUUUUUACUUUUUGAGAAUAUCGGCCCACCAUUAAAGACCCAAAAUCCCAAGUAUAAUGGUGAUCUUUUAAAAUGUUUUCGAAACUCUGUAGAUUCGAUUUGCAAAACUUUCUGGAAUGGAAAUGGAGACAUAAAAUUUGCAAAGAAAUACUACGUAUUAGCAUAUGUGUUGUAUAGUAAGUUUUUAACUAUCGUUUUCUGUUCUGUUGUUAUACUGCUGGCUAAGAUUUUAUUAAAAAUAUAG